AUGAUGAUGGCGCGGCGAAACAGCCCUGACGCGAUUCGGGUCUUUCGCAAGAUCUCCCGCCGCUUUCAGCAGGACUACGAGGCGCUCUCGAUGGCCGCCGUCGGGGGGGUUUUCCGAACUUACAAGGCGGAGGCGGAUCGGUUGGUAAAGGAGCUCUCCCUCGCGGAGGUGGUGAGUCCGUUCGCGGUGUACCUCGUCUCGUACGUUCGCUACGGGGCCUCGCGCAAUCUACUCACGCGCACCGACGUGAAUGGCCGUCUGGUUAAGCUCGAGGUCGUCCAGCCCGGGGUGGAGGAAAAUGACGGACAAACUUUGCAAAAGAUGAUGGGGCUUUUGGACGACAUCGUCGUCGCCGUCAAGCGGCGGGAAGAGUCUUUUGGUGAAAAACGCACGCGGUGGGGGCAGGAAACAUGCGAUGUCAUCGUCUCGGGCACCCAGGCCUUUAGCGAGGUCGACCAUGGAAAGUGGAAUACGGAGUUGGCCCCGGCGUGGGUGCACGACCUUGCGCGGAUGUUUAAUAACUGGGAGGCGAUCCUGCGAACGGAUGUUCCGCUCUUCGAGGACAUCCCGCGGUAUUUUUUCGAUUGUGUGUUGAACGGCGUCGUGAAUUACUACGUGUUGAAGAAGAUUUACGGCGACAUCGUGACGCCGAACGACGUCUUGUUGGAGAACCGACGGUCCCUCAAGGUUGCCUUGCAAAAACACUUUAACGAUCCCGAAAAAGCCUUUUUGACGAUUAACGAGCUUUUGACCUAUGUACAGGUGGAUGGGGCCACCACCAAAAAGCGCGGUGUGAAGGGCAACUUCUUUAGCUCUCUCCUUUCCCAGAUCCAGGGCACUUUCAGCAAUUCGGAGCAGGGUACCCUUCAAAAUGAGCGAGUGGCGGUUAUUCUGAACGAAAUAUCCACAACUGUCUCGUCCUGCACUCGUAGUUGUGGACUAUUUCUUAUUCUCGUCAAAUUAACCGAAGACCUGAGCUUCCACUUUCGAUUUCAGAAAAUUUAUAAGUUGUUGAACGCGACAGACCGUAAAACGAUUCGAACGAAGAUAAAUAUUGACAUGAAUCAGACUCUGAGUUACUUUGAAAAGGAAUUCGGCCUGACGCCGAUCUCCACCAAGGCGGUCGGCUUUUUAGUCGUUCAACUGAUGUACGUUUCGAUGUGCGGCGGGGAAGACGGUCGCUCUCCCGUAGUGGAGCGCUACAAAAGUGUGUUAAAUCUUGAGAAAUUGGACGUAAUCGGCCUAAACGAUAUGACCGAGACCCAGGUGCGCGAUCUGCACGUCGCGUUUCCUCCUCAAUUGUCGUACAAUUCCUGGCUGAACGAAUCGGAUACAAAGGAAAAGUCCGUCUACAAUGUUCUCCCCUCCGUGGCGGUAAAAGGCUCCACCAAUCAAGCCAUGCUCAUUUCCCAAGCCCCGAUGAUGUGCGCACUGGACGCCAUUUCACGCGUGCCCUGGCGUAUUAGUAAAUAUAUGCUCCACGUGCAGGAGGCCAUUAUGCGCGAGGGGUUUGGGUUUGGAAAGAUUCGAGCGGGGUUUUACCCCCUCCACUACUGCGCGCUGAGCCGAGGGGAGAUGAGCUACCCUCCGAAACGUCAACUCACUCAGGAUGGCUCCUCCGACGUUUCACUAAACGAUGAUGAUGACGACGACGAUGACAAUGCUGAGGUCUACAACAUCCUACAGCAUCGUCAAUACACGAUCCAGCAGAAUAAAGAUUGGAAAGAACUGAUGGAAACGCGAAGCAAUCGAACUCACUACCUUCAGGCCCUCCGCCAGGCUCGUUCGCUCGUGCUUUUCUCACACAUUUACUUUCCCAAUAGUAUGGAUUUCCGCGGCCGGAUGUACCCCUUACCGGGGAGGCUCAACCACACCGGCUCGGACCCUUUUCGCGGCCUGCUGGAGUACGCCGAUCCCAAGCCGCUGGGGACGACUGGGCUUUAUUGGCUUAAAGUUCACCUGGCGAAUAAAAUGGGCAUGAGCAAACUCUCCUUUGACGAGCGCGUGCACUACGUAGAUGAGCAUAUCGAGGACGUCGUGCAAAGCGCGGAGAGUCCAUUGCGGGGGGAUCGCUGGUGGCAGGAGGCAAGUGAGCCCCUGCAGUGUUUGAUGGCCUGUAAAGACCUUGCGGACGCGCUGAAAUGCUCGCAAGGGCCGGAAAAUCACCUAUCGCGGGUGCCGGUCGCGGUGGAUGGCAGCUAUAACGGCCUUCAACACUACUCCGCGAUCGGCCGGGAUGCUUUUGGGGCGAAGUUGGUGAACCUCGUCCCGAGCCCUCGCCCCGCAGACGCCUACACGGGCAUUUUGAAGGAAAUGCUCAAAUUUAUCGAAUUCGACGCCUCGAGGGACCACCAAAUCGCCCAGCGCUGCCUGGGAACCGGCAAAGGCCCGGACACCAACCACAUCAAGCGCAAGACCAUCAAACGCCCGAUUAUGACCCAGGUCUACGGCGUCACCGGUUACGGCAUGUCGGAGCAAAUUCUAAACGAGCUGAUUAAGCAAAACAGAAGCCACGGGUUGUGGACCAACACGGAUAUGCGGGAGAUGGCGACGUAUUUGCGUGAAAAAGUGUUGGAGUCCCUCGGCGUGACCUUCCGCGAGACCCAAAACUGCCGGCAUUGGCUGAGCGACGUGACCCAGCGCAUUUGGGCCGCCCAACCCACCGAGCUGCGGAACGAGCUCUGCUGGACGACGCCGCUUGGGCUGGUGGUGCGGCAGCCCUACAAAGUGCGAAAGGAGUUCCCGCUUUUCACCUUUCACGGCUUCACGCGAAUCCCGGGCGACUCCGUCGCGCCGGCGAGCCGAAAGCAGCUGACGGCCGUCGCGCCGAAUCUCAUUCACUCGCUCGACGCCACCCAUCUCGCGAUGACGGCGCUGGAGAUGCAGCGUUUGGGGCUGUCGAUGAUGGCGGUGCACGACUCCUACUGGACCUACGCCUGCGACCUCCCUCAGCUCUCGCGGACGCUGCGGGAGCAGUUCGUCCUUCUCUACAGCCGCUACGACCCGCUCUGGGAGCUCAAGGGGCAGUGGGAGGAAGCCUACUUUAUGGACCUCCGGCGUCAUGGGAUUAAGCUGCCAGACCCCCCGCCGCGCGGGGAUUUGGACCUCAACGUCGUCCUCGACUCGCCCUACUUCUUCUCGUAA